AAUUUUUUGCGUUUUGGGGCGGGUACGGGUUGGUUGGGACUUCGGAGGGUUAGGGAGGCGGUUAGGGUCUGAAUUUACUAAACCUGCGCCGUUGCCAUCCCUAUUUCGAGGUUUCAAAGGUAUCUAUCCUCUGAAAAUGGGAAGCGUUGCGCAGAUUCCGACUAGCUUCGGCCACGAGCUCAGGGCUUGCCUUCGUUGCAGACUCGUUAAAACUUAUGAUCAGUUUAGAGAAUCAGGCUGCGAAAAUUGCCCCUUCUUUAACAUGGACAAAGAUCACGAACGUGUGGUGGAUUGCACAACUCCUAAUUUUACUGGAAUAAUUUCAGUCAUGGAUCCAAGUAGAAGCUGGGCUGCUCGUUGGCUGCGAAUUGGGAGAUUUGUUCCAGGUUGCUACACUCUUGCAGUCUCAGAAGCACUCCCGGAAGAAUUUCAGGCCAUAUGUGAAGAAGAGCGCGUGCAAUAUGUGCCACCAAAACGUGUAUAGGCGCAAUAGCACCACGCCGCCACAGUGACAAUGCUAAGCAAGUGCUCUAUGAAUGAGACCAUUAACCAGAUUUUGGAAUGGAUGACAUGGAAUAUUUCCAGCAAGGCAAUCUGUUGCUGCCAAAAAUUGUUUAAUCAGGGUUUCUAGUUUGUAUAAAUUUUCCCCAGAAAAAAGAGCCAGAUACAACAGGUUUAGUGUGUAAUCAGACGUAAGAUUAUAAGAAUGCAUUGAGAUGUGUUCUGGGUUGUUGAAAACUACUCUUUGCAAUGGUAUAUUGAUAUUUGGUAAUUUGUC